AUGGUCAACAUCACCAAGGAAUUAGCAAUUACCUUCCUCAAGUCAAUUGUGUGCAGGUUCGGGGUCCCGAACCGGAUCAUUACCGACAACGGGACCCAGUUCAAGAGCCAGCAUUUCCAAGAGUACUGCGAGGACAUCAGCAUCCAGCUCUGCUUUGCUUCUGUGGCACAUCCCAGAAGCAAUGGCCAAGCAGAGCGGGCUAAUGCUGAGAUCCUCAGGGGGCUCAAGAUUCGCACCUACAACGAUGUUGGGAAACGUGGCGCGAAGUGGGUUGACCAGCUUCCAAGCGUGCUAUGGGGGAACCGGACCACACCCAGCUGA